AUGGUGCUUCGCUCGGAAUCCCUCCGCCAACUAAAAAUCGUGACGCCGCUUCCAGCGUCUUCCCCUGCGCCGCGCGCUUGCGCGGCAUGCGGCGUUUCCGCCUCCGCCAUCCCGCCAGCCUGCCGCUGCUUCGAGGAGACGGCGCAUGGCGCGCACGGAGCGGCGGCGCAGGAAGGGGAUCCCGCGGCGGCGAGCCAUCCGCGGGAAUUCAUCUUCGAGGCGUGGAUGCGCCACGUGGGGCCGUCGCUGCGCUCGCUCACCCUCUCGCGCGCUGUUCCCGUUGCUUCGUCCACUAAUUGCGGGGGCGACGGGAGUGCGGUGGUGAACCUGUGGGAGGAGGAGGACGCGAGUCUGCAUCUCGCGCACAUUUCCCGCCACUGCACCAGCCUGCGCUCGCUCUCAUUGGGUCACGUGUCCCUCUCCGCGCCGACCCUGCUCGCCGCUCUUCAGCCCAUGCCGGCCCUGCAGCAUCUCUCGCUCUCGUGGCUGCACGCGUGCCCCGCCGCGCUUCACGCCGUGCUUGACGCCGCGCCGAAUCUCCGUCACCUCACGAUUUUCAUGGCGUCGGGAUUUCCACGCCUGCAUCUGCGCCUUCCUCCGUCCCUCCAGCACAUCUCGCUCUCAUACAUUCGCGCGGACUCCAUUUCGCUUCUCUCCGCGCGUUCCCUCCAAUCCGUCUCUGUCCGAGACAUGUUCCUUCGCUCGCUCUCCAUCCGCGACGCGCCCAACCUGCGCCAACUCUCCGUCGCUUCCGCCAACUGCCUGCUCGUCUCCGCGCCUCACUCCAGCCGGCUCGCGUCGAUCGACCUCCGCGCGGGCUCACUCAACUGGCCCGCCAUCGAAACCCUAAUCUCAAACAAUGGGGCUGCGCUUGAGUCGCUCUCCCUCGACUUUUUUGCCACCACCAACGCAUCUGGCCUGCCCUCGGUUUCGUCGCUGCCCUGGCUCGCGCGGAACUGCCCAAUGUUGAAAAGUUUGAGAUUGGGUGCGCUGGCGUGGCAGAAUAUGGUUGACUCGGCUGCGAUGUCGGGUCUUCUACUGUCACCGGGGAGAACUGGUUCAAAUGGUACACUCAAUAAUGACUAUUUGUGGCCUCGGCUAGAAGCGCUUACAGUGAGAAUUGCGGAUAAGGCGCCCGAAGGCUUGCUUCUGCUUCAUUCGAUUCUUUCUACCAUCCCCACACUGAUGGGUCUUCACGUGACUGUAGAGGGAGAGGACGACGAGGAAGAGGAGGCGGAGGAGAUGGAGCAUGAUGGAGAUUGCGACGCGAUGAGCAUGGAUGAGGAUGAUGAAGAUGGGGGAAACUACAUUGCUGAGGAGGCAAGUGACUUGUCACAUACUUUUUCUGAAGCUUCUGCUUCACCUGGCAUUUCAGAGGUGGCUGAUGCUGCACUGGCCGUAUCCACUCAGUCUGUGGGUUACUGGCCUGCGCUGACUGCAGCAGAGCGACAGCACCAGCUGUUUUUGAAGGGCCUGGACUGCCUCCAAAGGCGGUUUGGUUGCUUCCAUGUAGCCUCCCCCAUGCUGUACAGGCGGGAGACUGUCUGA